AUGGGUGACGAUUUAUUUCUGUGUAUUGCAUCAUGUCAAAAUCCGAAUAAUAGUGGUGCACUUGUUGGAAAUGAUUCUUAUGAUCUUGAAUGUAUAAAUCAAUGUUCACAACGUCAUACAACAUUAUAUCAACAUACAGCAGAGAAAUAUGAACAAAUUCUUCAAAUAAUAUCUGUUGUUUUUAUUACAUUUGGUUUAAUUGGUAAACUCCGUGGUACAUCAACUGGUUUACUUUUAUUAUUAAAAACAAUUUUUGAUUUUGUUCCACUUCUAUGGACAUUUAUAUUUGAUACAAAAUUUUUUGUUAAAGAUGAACAACUUAAUGCAUCAAGUUUAAUAUGUGUUUUAUCACGUAGUAGUGAUAUAUUUGUUUCAUGGUCAAUUGGUUUCGUUAUUCUUGCUUGUACAAUACGUCUUGCAACAAUAAUACAUUCAAGAUUUCUACCAGAACCAACACGUUGUCUUGUAUUUAUAUUAAUUUUAUUAAUGAUGUUUUGCGGUGUUCUAUAUAAUUGGCAUGUUUUUUAUUAUCCAAAUUUAGUUACAACAACAUUAAAUGAUGAUCAAAAUAGUACAUUUACAUAUUGUAAUAUAUUAUUCGGACGUCAAAUGGGCUAUUUUUCUUUUGGCGGUUUUCAAUCGAUGGGAGAAUUUUUAUACAACGCUCCAAUAGUUAAUUUUAUUGUUUCAUCAUUAAUUCCAUUUGCCAUCGUUGCAUUUACAAAUAUUGUUAUUAUUGUACGUGUAUUAAAAGAUCCAUCACCAAAUCGUCUAUCAAGAAUAAAUUCAUUUCAUAAUGGUAACUAUCAUUCACUAUCGAAAGAUAUUAAUUCUACAACAACAACAAAUCCAGUACAUACAUCAUUAACAAAUAUGACAACACAUAUAACAAAGAAAGAUGUUAGUUAUGAAACAACAAUAACAUUAACAACAAGUUGUGUAUUUUUAACAACAAAUAGUAUUGCAAGUACAUAUGUUUAUGUUAAAUCAAGUUAUCGUUCAGAACGUUCACGUUUAACUGAAGAUAUAAAAACAUCGAAUGUUUAUCUUAUAUUACGUAUGUUAACAUUAAUUGAUACAGUUUUAGAAUUUUAUAUUUAUUUUUUAACGGGAAAAAAAUUUCGUCAAGAAGUUUAUCAAGUUAUAAGUGAAAUUUUUCAACAUACACCAUGUAGAAAAUAUUUUCAAUCGACAUGUUCAACAACGAAUCAUGAAGAUAAUGGACAACAAGAAAAAAAUGAUUCGGAAAAACAACAACAACAAAUAACUUUAAAUAAAAAUCUUCAUUCAAAUUAUUUAACAUCAACACCAACAACUAUAUCAGCUGGUAGUAGUUAUAUUGAAUUACCACAAAAACCCAAACUAAAAAAUUCUCAAUGGCGUGAUACAGAAGAAACACUUGAUAGAAUUGAAAGUACUGUGUAA